AUGAUUGCUGUUAUGCCCAUAAUGACAUCAAAACGAAUAAUAUCAUGGCAGCACUGGGAAGCCACAACGGAGCAUCUCUCUCGAAGGAUAUACAAUCAUACAUCGAAAUGCAUCCCGCCGAAACUUAUGACCCUCUCAGUCUUCCCGGACUCACUCACUGUUAGCCAGGCCUUUGAGCUAGUCACGGACUAUCAGAUGUUUUCGCAGGAGGAUUUCGAUAGCGCAGCGCAUAUUCCACAGAUUACGGGACAUAUUGGUAAAAUCCCAUCCACGUUUUUGAGCGAAUGCGCAUUUAGUGCCAGAUUCUUUGCUCGAAAUGGGGAGCUUUGGAAAAUCAAAGAUUGGGAUGAAUGUAGCAUUGAAGCUACCGUCGAGGGGUUUCAGAUGCUAAACAUUUGGAUUUGA